AUGAGUACACCUGCUAAUGACGGACGUGUUCCAUUGAUCGAGCCAGAGGAUUUACCUGUAGAAGUGAAAAGAGAAAACGAAUAUGGUUCAUUAGGUUCACGAGAUUAUCUAUACCAGGUGAAAUCGUUGAAAGAUGAGCCAAUUCAACGACCAAUCAUUGAUACUCCGCCAUAUUACAUUUCAUUGAUUACCUAUUUAAACUAUCUGAUUUUGAUGAUCCUGGGACAUGUUCAUGAUUUUCUUGGGAUGACUUUUCAAAAAGAUAGGCAUUUGGACGUUUUGGAGAGAGAUGGGUUUGCACCAUGGUAUUCCAAAUUUGAGAGUUUUUUUGCCAGGAGAAUGAAGAAAAGAAUUGACGAUUGCUUCUCACGUCCAACUGCUGGAGUUCCAGGAAGAUUUAUUCAUUGCAUUGACCGUAUAUCCCAUAAUUUGAACGAAUACUUUACCUACCCAGGUUCUACCUCCAUGUGUCUAAAUCUAUCCUCCUAUAACUAUCUUGGAUUUGCUCAAAGUGAGGGUCAAUGCACAGACGCCGCAUUGGCCAGUGUUGAUAAUUACGGCGUACAAUCUGGUGGACCUAGAACACAGAUAGGAUCAACUGAUCUUCACGUUGAGGCUGAGAAACUGGUUGCAUCUUUUGUUGGAAAGGACGAUGCGAUGAUCUUCUCGAUGGGUUACGGUACUAAUGCCAAUUUCUUCAAUGCUUUUCUGGAUUCAAGUUGUCUGGUGGUCUCGGACGAGUUAAACCAUACUUCAAUUAGAACAGGUGUUAGAUUAUCAGGAACUGCAGUGAGAACUUUCAAGCACAAUGAUAUGGCUGGUUUGGAGAAGCUUCUAAGAGAACAAAUCGUUCUUGGUCAACCAAAGACACGUCGUCCAUGGAAAAAGAUCCUGAUUUGUGUGGAAGGGUUAUAUUCAAUGGAAGGUACUGUAUGUAAUCUACCUGGAAUCGUGGCCUUGAAGAAAAAGUACAAGUGCUAUUUAUUUGUUGACGAAGCUCAUUCCAUAGGAGCAGUGGGACCAAAUGGACGUGGUGUUUGUGAUCUAUUUGGCGUAGAUCCAGCAGACGUGGAUAUCUUAAUGGGAACUCUAACGAAAUCGUUUGGUGCAGCUGGUGGGUAUAUCGCUGCGCAACAAUGGAUAAUGGAUAGACUGAGAUUGGACCUUACAACAGCCAACUAUAGUGAAUCAAUUGCGGCACCUGUCCUAGCUCAAAUCAUCUCUUCCCUAAAGACUAUUACUGGUGAACUUAAGCCAGGCGAAGGUAAGGAGAGGUUACAACGUAUUGCGUUCAACUCUCGUUACUUGCGUCUAGGUUUGCAAAGACUCGGAUUCAUCGUUUAUGGUUCUCCUGAUUCACCUGUCAUCCCCAUGCUUCUAUAUUGUCCAUCUAAGAUGCCCGCAUUUUCAAGAAUGAUGUUACAAAGAAAGAUUGCCGUUGUCGUGGUUGCAUAUCCUGCAACACCACUGAUUGAAUCCAGAGUCAGAUUUUGUGUUUCUGCAGCAUUGACAAAAGAUGAUCUGGACUACUUGUUACGCCAUGUUAGCGAGGUUGGCGACAAGCUGUACUUAAAACUAAGUUCAGGAAGGGCAAGCCCUCCAGAGGAUGGUAAUCCACCAAGAUGGGAUAUUGAGGAUGUAAUCGCACGCACGGCGGAAGACUGCAAAGAUAAUAAGUACUUUGUCAUAUGA